AUGCGCGCGACGCGCGCCUCACCCGCGCUCGCUCGCCCGCACUUUCGCGCGAAACCGUCCGUUCGAACGCGCGAACGACGCGUCGUGAUAACGCGCGCCGAACAGAUCGACCGCGUCGUCUUGGCGUGCACGUCCAAGGAGUGUAAGAGGAACGGCGCGCUGAAAACUUUAAAGCUCUUGGAGGAAGCGUGCGAGAGAACGCCGGGCGUGCGGUGCGGGACGACGCGGUGUCAGAGCGAGUGCGCGAGCGGGCCUAACGUGAAACUUUUGCCGGAGGGCGCGGUUUUGAACGACGUGAAGACGGUGGAGGCGGUGGAGGCGGCGCUCGAGCGACUCGCGUCGUACGAGUCGGCGUAA